AUGUUCCCCUCCCAGGCGGCCAAUUUCAAUAUUGAGGCCUUGAGUGGCAUCUGUGGAUCUAUCUCAAUUGCUUGCUGGGUUGUUGUUUUCUCACCGCAGAUUAUUGAGAAUUUUCGACGUGGCUCUGCAGAUGGCCUCUCGCUUCUUUUCCUGAUCGUCUGGUUAGCGGGUGAUGUCUUCAAUAUCCUUGGUGCUGUGCUCCAGGGCGUGCUCCCAACAAUGAUUAUCUUGGCCGUGUAUUACACUCUGGCAGAUAUAGUACUACUAGGGCAGUGCUUCUACUACCGGGGAUUCAAUAUCAGGGAGGAAUUCUCCUCUUCCCCGUCACCUGAACCCGAAGCAUCCGCCACGGGCGCUCUGGAGAGCAGUGACGCAAAUGCCCCCGCGCCAACGGAGAGAUCCUCCCUAUUGCCCAAGUCGAGUGGUCAUAUCCAAGUCCAAGAUCCGACUAACGGACAUAAUGGCCAACACUCCCACGGCAGCACGCAACCGACAUCAGCCGCUGCGCAAGGACGACGACACUCUGCGACAUCCUUCCGAGACAUCCUGAAUCCUCAGCACGUAGAUGGCACACAUCUGUCUCCUGCGACACCAUUGAUCGAACCGAGCUCAGAUACAGCUCGCGCUCGGCGACACCGCCGUCGUAUCUCCACCCUUCAAGCCAUCCUCUUCAACAUCACUGCCAUCGCCCUCGUUUGCGCUGCGGGUAUCUUGGGCUGGUACGUCAGUCCUGGACCUAAGGAGCCAAGUCCAGAGGCGGAACCCCUCACCAUGGAUACAUUGGGCCAGGUUUUCGGAUAUCUUUGCGCAGUGCUGUACCUUGGCUCCCGUCUCCCCCAGUUGCUGCUUAAUUACCGCCGCAAGUCCACUGAAGGGGUUUCUCUGUUAUUCUUUCUUUUCGCCUGCAUUGGAAACUUGACCUACGUGCUAUCCAUUCUGGCAUACUCGCCCGUUUGCCAGGGGAAGACUAAGUACUCCCGCCAUAUGAAGUGUCGUCCCGGCGAGGUCUCAGAGCUUUACGGACGGUAUGUGCUUGUCAACCUGUCUUGGUUGAUCGGCAGCUUUGGUACAUUGCUUUUGGACAUGGCAAUCUUUGUUCAAUUUUUCUUGUACCGUGAUGGGAAGAAGGUUGAUGAUGAGCUUGAGACUGAUGAGUAA